AUCUAAAAAUAAGACUAGCGUUUUUUUUUUUAUAUGGCAGGUUUCGUUCUUGGGAACAUAUGUAGUAGCAAAAAUAAGCAAAAUAGCUAUCCGUUAAUACAACAAAGAAUAGUGGGUAGGGGUUUCAUUAUAGAGCAAUGAGCAUAGAUUAAAUUAUUGAGACAACAUAGCUUGCCUAUAUACAUCUACGAACAGAGAUCUCAGGUGCCUCACGCCUCACCAUAGAUAAUAGCGCUUCACUAUUUUCUACAAAUUUGUAGGACUAGGGGCGUUCAUUUUCCUGUACUGCAACCUCCAUGGUUGUAGUUCAUAACAUAAACUUUAUCCACAUAAAAAAGCGAAAUUAGUGUAACCCAUGAAUAAAAUUUUUAAAAAUUUAUUGCCUAAACAUUUUAAGAUGAAGUUGUAACUUUUGUGUUUAAAUUAUAUUAAUUAUACGUACUACGUACAUCAAGCUUUUAACCUAAUUUGUAUAACAGGUUACAACAACUAUUUUAUGUAUCUAUAUCAUCUUCGUUAAAUAUGGCAGGAGCUAUGAAUGACUUUCAUUCUUGGUUAGGAAGAAAAUUACAAGAUCUAAAUGCGGAUGAAAACAUUUUUGGCUCUUACAUAAUUGGCAUUUUAGAAGGGGACGAAACUCCAGAAGAAAAACUUGAGGCUUUGGAAGGAAUAUUUACGGAUACAAGUAAUGACUGUAAUCUUCUAUCUAUUUGCACUGAAAUAAUAGAUAUGUGGUCAGUGCUGAAACAGCCUACACAUAUUGUUGAUGAUGCAAUUAAAAAUGUAGAUAUCAAUCUUACUGGUGUGCUUGACUCUCAUUCUCUUCAAAUACCAAAACAAAAACAAUAUACAGAUGAAGAGAAAAAAAUUAGAGAGGCAAUUUUAUCACAGUACAGUCAAAUGACUGAUGAUGAAGAUGAAGUGGAGUGUGAUGCUAGUAGUAAUGGUAAAGAAUCUGUUAUUACAAAGAAUACGAAUGCCCUUGCAGUUCAAGUGGCCGAGAAAGAAAAAAGAGAACAAGCAAAAUUGGAAAGCCUAAAGAAAAAAGAAAAAGACAAAGAGGGAAGAGAGAGACAAAAACAAGCACGAGAAGAAAAGAAGGAAAAACGGAAAACUCAGAAAGGGGAGAGGAAAAGAUAGCACCAGAACUUCUUUAAUUUUUAGUGAUUAUUUAUUACAAUUAUGUUAUAUACAGAGAAAUAAAAUAUCUCUGCAUUAAAA